UUAUAGAACACGUAUCUUAUUUUAAUAAGUAAUUGUUGUAUUGUUUAAUGUAAAUUCAUUUUAUAUUUCGGUUCUAAAUUACCUUUAUGUUUUAUAAGCUGAUUCAUGCUGAUCUGUCUGGGACACAUGCAAUUACAUCUUGUAUUAAUAUAACUUAAAAGUUUGUGAAGAUUUUAGAGCAUGUAAUAUGUCAAGGACCACAUGACGCAUUUACGUCAUGACGCCAAAAAAAAAAAAAAAAAGCUGAAAACGUUCUUUUUUUUUUUGGUACCGGAUCUCUUAAAUGAACUGUUCGAAAGAACCGAUUCGCAAAAUGAGUCACUAGCGAGGCUUCCGGUUUCUUGACCGAUGAUGACGUCGCGCCUCAACUAUCCAACCACAGCGCUAAACGAUGACCUCGUUAUUUUGACGACUUGUUUGUUUUCCUCUCGAGGUAACUGCGGACUAAGAUCGACAUUCCGCUCCUUUUCUACCUCAGCAGCUGAAGAUCUACAUCACAGGAACCAUAACACAUCUGUUUUCCUAAGAAUUCCACCUGGGCUGUUUGCAUAAGAACGCGAUAUGCCAAUGUCAUUCCAUAUGGUUCCUCGCUGCUGUUUUUCCAGUGAUGUCGGAAGGGCUUGUGCUCGGCGGUGAUGGGAACUUCAGCUCUCUCUGCCCGCACGGGAUCGAGUGGAUCUGGUAUGGACUGGGUGAAUGUGCCCAGGAUGGCAGAGACAUUGCCAGUGUUGUUCUCGGACUGCUGUCGAUAGUUUGCUUCAUGGUGUCUUCACUACCGCAAUACUACAGUUCCUGCAAGACAGGAAAUAUGGACAGCGCUCUAUCGAUUUGGUUCCUGUUAUUUUGGCUGGCCGGUGACUCGUGCAAUCUUAUUGGAUCGUUCUUGGCUGAUCAACUUCCACUACAGAAAUACACUGCAGUGUACUACGUCCUGGCAGACCUGUUAAUGCUGUCAAUGUACUUUUACUAUAAACUAAAGAAUAAGUCAUCGAGGGCCAGUAACAGUGCACUGCUGAAUGCGGUCAGCGUGCUAUGUCUUCUGGGAAUGUCAUCUUCCCUCCUUAGCCUCCCUCGCUCAGCCCUAGAGGAACAGAUGCCUGUGGGGUUCAAGGGUCGGGUGCUGCUGGCCGUGGAGGGGGACAGCGGUUCGGUGCAGCCCUUUGAUACAAAGGAGAUUAUAGGCUUUGUCAUUGGCUCUAUAUCUUCAGUACUGUAUUUAUGCUCCAGACUGCCACAGAUGUACACUAAUUUUCGGAGGAAGUCAACAGAGGGCGUGUCUUUUUUCCUAUUUGCUCUGGUGAUUCUGGGAAACACAACAUAUGGCAUCAGCGUGCUACUGAAGAACCCAGAUCCAGGGCAGGGAGAGGCCAGCUAUAUCCUACACCACCUCCCCUGGCUCAUCGGCAGCCUGGGAACGCUCUCACUUGACAUUAUUAUAUCCGUGCAGUUCAUGAUGUACAGCAAAUCUCCUCGGGAUUCUGCAGACGGAGAUGAAGAGACCGCUGCACUUCUCCAUAACUGAACAAUUCCCAUUCCUGCUGUGACUGGAUGAAAUGCUGGAGAUGUUUUUUGCGCUUCACAUUUCCACAGCCACAGCUCACAAACAAUCCCAUUUUUUUUUUCUAAUAGUUUUUAUCUAGAUUUUAUUUCAAUAGGUUUUAUACCUAGCAGUGUCAGUGGUUAAAGAUAUUUUUGUCUGAUGGUAAAUAGUUAACUUUCUUAAUUGGUUCAAUAUUUGGCACCAAAAGGACUUACUGAAACACUUUUGUAAUGUUUGUACUGUACUUCAGAAUUAAGUUUUUUUUUUUUUAUACAAUGCAUGCAAUCGUGUAAUUUUUCUGUUAUGUAGAGUAGAAUGAAUGCUGCAUUCGGCAGAUCUAGCAGUCUUGACUCAGAACUGUGAAAAGGUUCUGCCUUCAAUCCGUGUACUGUAACGAUGUUAAUAGGCUGUUUUUGUGCAAUCUAUAGUCAAAAAUGUUUUGAUGUUGUAAAGAUGUUUUUAAUUUUUAAUACU